UUGGCCCGAGUGCUCGCCUGGACCGUCGAGUUUCUUCAGGCAUUCUUUCUCGUUGUCGACGAUUUGAUAGAUGAGUCAAUCACACGACGCGGUCAGCCCUGUUGGUACAAACUGGAGCAUGUUGGUCUUAUAUCAUGCAAUGACGCUAUUUUGUUGGAUCAGGAAAACUAUCACAUCCUUAAGCUAUUCUUCUCAGACAAACCCUAUUAUCAGAAAUUAGUGGAUCUCAUGCAUGAGGUGAGCUGUACUCGAUAUACAGCAAUUGGGCAGUCAAUGGACAUGGCGUCAAAUCCCCCCAAUAAACGGCCGCAGUUUCAUGUCUUCACGCAAUUACGAUACGAUAGUAUUGUUAAAUACAAAACCGCUUUCUAUUCUUUUGUUUUGCCCGUAAGACUAGCGCUGUAUAUGUCAUCGUUUAAUUCCGAAGAAGACCACAAAAUAGCCGAAGAGAUACUAUUAAAAAUCGGACAUCUAUUUCAAGUACAGGACGACUAUUUGGACUGUUUUGGAGAUCCGGCUAUUAUUGGCAAAAUUGGUACCGAUAUAGAGGAGGGCAAGUGUUCGUGGCUUAUCGUAACCGCCUUUCAAAUGUGUGAUAAACAACAGCGAGAAUUCAUUGAAACUAAUUAUGGUAUAAAAGAUGGCGAUUGUGUCCGAAGAGUGAAAGAGUUUUACAACAAACUCAACCUAAAGGAUGUCUUUCACAAAGAAGAAGAAAAACAAUACAAAGAAAUCAAUGUUCUGAUCGACAAUUUAAAAGCAAAAUCCCAAUUAAGUCCCAAAAUAUUCACAGAAUUUUUAAAUAGAAUUUAUAAAAGAAAGAAAUAAUUAGCAUUUUUUCUAUUAAAACAGCGAUACAUAUUUGAAACAAGCUUUUAUGGGA